GGCGCGCUGCAACGUCUCUUCCAAGGUUUUUCGAAGGUAGCUAGCUCACAAUCACUCAUGACUCACCCACCACCAAACCAAACCAAACCCAAUUUUCACACCGCUCACCUACACCUACCUCUUCUCUCUCUACCCUUUAUUGGUUUGUGUCUAAAUUCUUGUUUUUCUCACUCGAGAGAGUGAAAGAAAAAAAGAAAAAGCUUCACCAUGGCUAGGAAGAAGAUCAGAGAGUACGACUCCAAGAGACUCCUCAAGGAACACCUCAAGCGCCUUGCUGGUAUCGACCUCCAGAUCUGCUCUGCUCAGGUGAAUGAAGCAACGGACUUUACUGAGCUGACGAAUCAGCAGCCAUGGCUUUCGUCCACAAGGUUGGUUGUGAAACCAGAUAUGUUGUUUGGGAAGCGUGGGAAGAGUGGUUUGGUUGCUUUGAACUUGGAUCUUGCUCAGGUUGCUGAGUUUGUUAAAGCACGUCUGGGAAAGGAGGUUGAGAUGGGUGGCUGCAAGGCACCAAUAACAACUUUUAUUGUUGAGCCAUUUGUUCCCCACAGUCAAGAGUAUUACGUUUCAAUAGUUUCUGACAGACUUGGCUCCACCAUUAGCUUUUCAGAAUGUGGGGGUAUUGAGAUUGAAGAGAACUGGGAUAAGGUUAAGACUAUAUUCCUUCCCACUGAAAAAUCAUUGACGCUGGAUUCAUGCGCUCCAUUGAUAGCUACACUUCCUUUGGAGGUGCGAGGGAAAAUUGGUGACUUCUUAAUGGGUGUCUUUGCUGUAUUUCAAGAUCUGGACUUUAGUUUUCUGGAAAUGAAUCCUUUUACACUGGUCAACCGAGAGCCAUAUCCACUGGAUAUGAGGGGGGAAGUGGAUGACACUGCUGCUUUCAAGAACUUUCAAAAGUGGGGAAACAUUGAAUUUCCCCUUCCUUUUGGAAGAGUUCUGAGCCCUACAGAAAGCUUUAUUCAUACAUUGGAUGAAAAAACAAGUGCAUCUUUGAAAUUCACUGUUUUGAAUCCAAAAGGACGCAUCUGGACAAUGGUUGCUGGAGGAGGUGCUAGUGUUAUAUAUGCUGAUACUGUUGGAGAUUUGGGCUAUGCAUCUGAGCUUGGUAAUUAUGCAGAAUAUAGUGGAGCUCCAAACGAGGAAGAAGUCUUACAAUAUGCUCGAGUUGUUAUUGAUUGUGCCACUGCAGACGCUGAUGGUCGUAAGAGAGCCCUUUUAAUUGGAGGGGGCAUUGCUAAUUUCACUGAUGUGGCUGCUACUUUUAAUGGGAUUAUUCGUGCUUUAAGGGAGAAGGAAUCCAAGCUGAAGGCAGCAAGAAUGCACAUCUAUGUACGAAGAGGUGGUCCUAAUUAUCAGACUGGUUUGGCAAAGAUGCGAACUUUGGGAGAAGAACUUGGAGUACCCCUUGAGGUUUAUGGACCGGAAGCCACAAUGACUGGUAUCUGCAAGCAGGCAAUAGAUUGCAUUAUGUCCACAGCAUAAAAUCCAAACAUUGAUCUCUGAAUUUGUUGAUGUGUGCCGACAUAAUGUAGAAAAAGAUGUUUACCAAAAACAAUUUGCCCAAGGCUUCUUUGAACUGUGAAUUGUUUACUUGUUUCUUUUUGCUGAAAUAAUAAGAAACUAUAAAAGAAAAAACUUAAACAAAACA